AAGUCUGUUUUAGACUAAAAAUACCAACUUUCUUUUACCCUCACCUCACCUCACCUCACCCACCUUAAAUUUGUUCCCACAUCUUCAUCAAACCACCCACAUACAUACUCAUUUUAUUUUCAUCAAACCAACUCUUGUUCUUUUUCUCCAACUAAACAACCUUUCAAACUUCAAAACACACAACAACAACAACAACAACAACAACAACAUUUCAAAAAACAAAAACAAUGAUGAAAACCAAAACUACUCAAAGUAAGUUCAUGAAAAUUGUAACAAUGCCCAUAAAAGCCCUAGCAAAAGCUAGAGACUUUUAUGUUAGGAGCAUGAACAACUAUGCAGAUAGGGCAUGUUAUGGGGCAACGGCCGGUUACGCCGAUCCGUUGCCCCGGAGUUUUAGCUCGAACUCGGCUCAAUCAAGCGGCAAUGAUGAUUUUAGAGAGCUUGUAAGGGCUGCAUCAACGUCUACGUUAGGGAAUAGGAUUAAUAUGAAUACAGUUGAUGUUUCUAAUAAUGCUACUAAUGGUAGUAAUGUAAGAAGCAAAGGUAAUAGAGAUCAUUUGAGUGGUAUAAAAGGUGUUCCAAGAAGUGCAAGUGUAGGUAUGGCUAAGAUUGAAGAAGAUAAACCUAUUGAAUUUAAUGAUAGUGAUUAUGUUAAUAAAAAUGUUGGUAAGAAUAAUAAUGGUGGUAAUAUCAAACACAAGUUUGGGAUUUUUCCAAGGAGUAGAAGUUAUGCUGUUGGUGCUACAAAGAGGACUUCUGCUGUGUUUUGAUUGAGAACCAAAAUUUGGCUUACUUCUUGAUGGUUUUUUCUUCUUUAUCUCUGUUUUUUUUUUUUUUGUUUUGUGCUUUUCUUAGUGAUUCUUUUUUGAUUGCUUAGUUUUGGGAUAAGAUUUUUAAAUUGUAGCUUUUUUGCUGGGUCAUGGAGAAUGUGACCUUGUUCUUUUGUAAAUAUGAUCGAUUUGGAGAGUGUAAUGAUGUUUUUGUAGAACAUUUUCUUUUUUGGUGGAGAAAGCCGCAAAUAAUGUAGACGAGAUUUUGAUUCUAAGAUUUUAAUCAAUUAAAAUAGUUGACAUCUA